UCCCCCGCCUGGCGGGGGCAGAGUGCCUCUGAGCGCGGGCAAAGCGCCGCUUGCCUUCCACUUGGGUCGCGUCCGGGCACAGUCUUGGAGAACUUUUCCGCUGCGGUGCUGAAAUGGGCUGCUGCCUACUAGGCCUCGCAAGUUGUUACUACUACUACUACUACUACUACUACUACUACUACUACUACUACUACUGAAACCUGCUUAUCGCCCUUCAUCCGUAGAUCUGAGGCCGGUUCACAGAAUAAAAAUACAGGAUAAAAACUAAUACAUAUUAAGGACAAGAGAAAAGCAUACCAAUACCAUGGACAUAGCUAAGGGGGGCAGGGAGGGGCAGUUGCCACCCCAAUCAAUGAAAUUUAAUUAAAAAAAAUACCCUGCAAAAUUAGGUUCUGCCGCCGCCCCAACAAAAGGCCUACCCCUGGUAACAAAAAACCUGGCUAGGCCCAUGCCCCCCUCCUCCCCACCACAGCUCAUUUUGAAAACUUGAAAAAGAACGAUCUGUUCCAUGCUCCCAUAUCAGCUGUUGUUGGAUUAAAAUGUGCAUCAUCCCGGACCACUGUUCCUGCUAGAUAGGGAUGAUGGGACUUGCAGUCCAAAAACAGCUGGAGAACCAGGUUUGGGAAACCCUGCUCUAAAGCGUACUGUGGGGUGCAAGGCUACCCCCCCCCAUAGCCUUGUUUGCAGUUGUCAUUUAGGGCCAAAUUGCAUUUCCAUGAACAUGACAGUUUUGAUGGGAGAAAAAUAUUGUAGGUCUUGAAGGUCACGGAGAUAGGAUAUGGUGUAGACCAAGACUUAUUUUUGGGGUUCAGGGAUGUUUUGUUUUCUGACUGAGCUGCAGUUUGACCUGUUGUGCAGAUAAGUGACAUACCAUUUUUAUGAAAUAAGCAAACAGAGUAACUUGUGGAAAGCUGAGAUAUAAACCAACCUGUAAUAAUAGAGUGAGGAGGUAGCUUGCUCCCCACACCCUGACCUAAUAUGGUUUCCAGGGGGGGGGGAAGCAGUUUUUGGAUAAUAGAAAGAUAUAGAAGCCCCAUUUACCCUAGACAAUCUACAUGUGCUGGUAUCCACUCCCUGUUUUGCCUUUACGGGGAAUUUAAGGGAUUUCUUUUUUAAAAAGCAGUUAGCUCUCAGCCUCCUCCCCCAGUCUCAUGAAACAAAACCUGACUACCGUAGGAAGCAGAUAUGUUUUUACUCUGGUGCAUGUGGACAUAUGAUGCCAGUGUGCUGUGCCUCACCUCAGGAUCUGCUGACUAGCAUCCCUCACCUAAGAGUGGGUGGAGGGCAGUCCUACUCUAAAGGAAAAGCAGCCUCAGGGCCAAGAUCCAGCACCACUCUCCUGACAUUUGCUCCUGAAGCAGGCUGAUCAGAAUUGUAAUUCAAAACAUCUGUAGGGCAGCAGGUUUGGACUGGGAAUUGCUUCCAACAGUGGUGUGCAGUUAAUCAUUGGCUUGGGAAAUUCCAGACCAGGUGGCUGUCAUGGCAGGAAACCGGGGAACUAUCAAAGGAGCUUCCAACUUCAGGGCGGAAGAGGAUGCCCAGAAGCUUCGUAAGGCCAUGAAGGGACUAGGUACAGAUGAAGAUGCCAUUAUUGAGGUUUUGGUUAACAGGAAUUUGGCCCAACGGCAGGAGAUUAAGAUAGCCUACAAAUCCACUAUUGGGCGGGAUUUGAUUGACGACUUGAAGUCUGAGUUGAGUGGGAAUUUUGAAAGGGUUAUCAUUGGACUGAUGACACCCAUCACUCUGUAUGACGUGCAGGAGCUGAAAAAAGCUGUCAAGGGGGCUGGGACAGAUGAGGGCUGCCUCAUAGAAAUAUUGGCUUCUCGUACCAACCCAGAAAUCAGACUGAUUAAUGAAACCUACAAACAUCAGUAUGGGGUUAGCCUUGAGGACGACAUCGUCUCGGACACCUCCUCCAUCCUCCGGAGAGUGCUGGUGUCUCUUUCCACUGGCAACAGAGAUGAGAGCAGCUACGUUGAUGAGGGCCUGGCUGUGCAAGAUGCCCAGUGUCUGUACGAAGCUGGGGAGAAAAGGUGGGGCACUGAUGAGGCCCAGUUCAUGAGUAUCCUGUGCUCAAGAAGCAGAAACCACCUGUUGAGGGUGUUCGAUGACUACAGGAAGAUUGCUAACAAAGACAUUACAGAGAGCAUUAAAUCUGAAAUGUCAGGAGAUCUUGAGGAUGCCUUGUUAGCGAUAGUAAACUGUAUAAGAAAUAGGAAUGCCUACUUUGCUGAAAGGCUGUACAAAUCCAUGAAGGGUUUAGGGACAAAUGACAACACCCUCAUUCGAGUGAUGGUCUCCCGCUGUGAGAUAGACAUGAUAGAUAUCAAGGCAGAGUUCAAGCGGAUGUAUGGAAAAUCCCUCUACUCCUUCAUUAAGGGCGACACCUCAGGAGACUACAGGAAAGUCCUGCUCCUCCUUUGUGGUGGGGAAGACUAACAGCCCAAAUGGCCUUUUGCCUUUUCCUACAACCAGGCAGCACGUCUUGCCCAUGCUGCCUGCAGUCUCAAUCUCUUGCAGUAAUCCUUUUAUGCCAGUUUUGCAUCAUGCUAACCUAGAUUUUGUGUCCUAUAAUAGGUUUGAAAAUCAUUUCUCCUUGGAAUCAUUGGCAGAUAAUAUACGUGUGGGGAGCUCUGAAUCUUUUUUGUGCCCUGGCUUCUAAAAUUGGACCUGCAAACGUGUUUGUGAUUUAAACCAAAACAAAAACAAAAACCCUGGCAACUCUCAAAUUUCCUGCAGGUCCUCUUGACUAGGUUUCAUUUGUCUAUACUCCUCACUCUUGAAGGGGUUGCACAGAAGGGACUGCUGACCACCUAAGUCAGCCUUUCUCACCUGGUGACCUCCAGCUGUUGCCAAACCACAACCCCCUCCAUCCUUGGACAUUGACUACAGACUGGUUGGAGUUAACAGCCCAAAACAUCUGGAGAGUAUCCGGCUAGGGAAGGCUAGCUUUAGCAUUCUGUAGAUCAGGCACAUCCAACUCCCAAGAGACUGCAAUCUACUCCCACUAUAAAAAUACUGGCAGUGAUCUACCCAUUGCCAAGAGUUGUUGAGCUUUUUUGGGGGGAGGGUUGCUCAGAGUUGUUGAGCUUUGUUCAGGGAUCGAUCAGGAGGACCACGAAGAUCUCUUACUUUGAUCCUGCAAUCGACUGGGAAUGCCCCCGCGAUCGACUGGUAGAUUACGAUUGACCUGUUGGACAUGCCUGCUGUAGAUUUAUAAAUGAAAUACAGUGGUACCUCUGGUUAAGAACUUAAUUUGUUCCGGAGGUCCAUUCUUAACCUGAAACUGUUCUUAACCUGAAGCACCACUUUAGCUAAUGGGGCCUCCUGCUGCCGCCACGCCGCCAGAGCACGAUUUCUGUUCUCAUCCUGAAGCAAAGUUCUUAACCUGAGGUACUAUUUCUGUGUUAGCAGAGUUUGUAACCUGAAGCGUUUGUAACCCGAGGUACCACUGUAUACACCUUCUUUGCAGUCUGAAGAGAAACAGAGGAAACUGCCUUAUAUUGAGUUAGACCACUGGUCCAUCUAGCUCAGCAGUGUCUACACUGACUGGCAGCAAUUCCCAAAGAUUCCAGAGAAGAGUCUCCUGGCAAUACCAGGAUCUGGGACAAAGCAGGUGCUCUGUGGCCCUUCUCCAAAGUACAUCCACCCACAUAACUACACCCUCAUAUACAGUAGGCUACGUAAGCAUUGUUACUUAAAUUCCCAUGCCCACCAAAAUCAGGAACAAAUAUUGCAUAAUGAAGGGGCAGUGCUGGAUUUCAACCCUUGGCCCUCACUAUAACUGCUAGCAGAAUGCCCUGUACAUUGUAUUUAUUACCCUAAUCCCCUAGAGGCCAACCACACAUUUUGUUUUAUUAAUUUCUUAACAUUCUUAGGGUCUGGUGUUUUGAAGAGGAGCCCCAGAGCCGGGUGACUUGUACUCCUGUUGUCUUGAUUCCCCCAGAAUUCUUUUGGGGCCUCAACAAAUAAGGCCCCAAGGCAUUCUGGGCAAAUGGCAACGGCAGCAGCUGCGCGCCUUAUUGGUUCAGGGCUCCCUGUAGUGACCCAGCCAUGGUUUCGCCACUGGGGCUGUCAUACCACCUUUACACAGUACCCGUCGUACGCAUGGCAAGGGAGACUUGCUUCUCGAUCAAUGUAUAUGGGAACUGCUGUUUGCAUGAAUCAUUUUAAAAAUUGCUCUUUUUAGUAAAUCUGGAUAUUGCCAAGUCCAGGCUCCUGUUUAGUUCCCAAAGUGGGUUGGGCCUCAUUCCCAUUUACGUGUAGUUGAUUUCAGGGAUUUUACCCUUUUUAAGAAAAUCAAGUGCUUCUGUCUGGAGGAAAAAUGAGAGGGGCAGUUUCAGCUAGACUGAGGUUGUAGGGAGGUCACCUCCCUACAAUGCUUCUGCCUUCCUCACAAGUACUUGCCCUUUAGCCAUUGUGCAUUUUUUUUGGGGGGGGGGGGGAAAUGUAAAGCAAAGAAUUUCACACAUGCUCUGAAUAGAAAAUCGGUGUCCAGAACAAAACAUGUAAACAGCAAAUGAAUGCAAUUUGGGUCCUACUCAGAAUGCUAGAGCACUUAUUUAAAACAAGACAAUCCUCCCCUGCCGUCUUCUGUAGUGCCUUUAGAAUCACAAGUUGUAAAUUGCUGUAUCUCUAUAUAUUCUGCGGCCAAAAAUGUAAUACCUGUUUGUGCCUUUCCUGUGAAAAGCAAAAAGUUAAGCAACAGUCUGAUACCAAGUCUCAGCACCAGGAGCAUAAGUGAUAAAGGCUGACUCUUCUGAAUGUCAUACAGAUAUGAGUGCAGGAAGCUCUGCCUUUGAUUGGAGCAGAAGCAUGAAGAGAAAUCGUCUCCUUCACUCUUUCCUCCACUAGAGAGAGAUUCUGAUCUAGGAAACAAUUUAUGUACAGCAGCUGGUCCUAGUGUCACUGCUCAGAAAGCCCUCUCAUCUGUGCUUUGAAAAAAACCAAAAACCUGUCAGGUUGUGAUUUACUUUUGUUUCAUGUUUGUGUGAAUUCUAUUUUGCUUCUAACAGAGUGGGAAUUGAACCUGAGGUUUGAGUCAGGUUUGAGUCUUCUAAAACUAGUUCUCCUUUAGAAGACAACCCAGGCUUCUGGCUAAAUGAGAAACAACUAUGUGUGCAACAAAUGUGGCAGUGCAACAGGAGGUUGAAAUGCCAUCAUGCUGCUUGCUUUCCACUCUAAUAAACCAAAGAUGUGUUUGCUGUAAA